UUAAAAAUAUCAUCCCACCUCACCAUCCUAAUCAUUGUUAUAUACAGAGAUUUUAAAAAAGGUGGCCAAAUGGUUUAUACUUUAAAAAAAGGCGAUGACAUCAUGCCCCACUUCAAGCACUGUAUAUGUAACUUUGAGAUUUUUAUUGAUACUUGUCUCUAAUAUAUCAACAAUUAUGUAUAACUUUUUUAUUAACUAUUGGUAUUGAAAUAUGUAUCAGUAUGUAAAUCGCUCUCUAUUAUCUCAAUAUUUGGAUGAAGACAAAGGUGUUAACUUACAUUAUUCUUAGCAUAUUUGUUUAAUUACAGAAUGUACAGCCUCCUUGUCUUAUCAAUACCAAUGAAGCAUAUAUACCUUUAGAAAGCUCUGCAUCUACAUAUACUGAUGUAAGACAGUCUAUUGAACCAACAACAACAAUCACAACAGAUCAAACAAGUUUUAAUGUUGUCAGCAGUUCUUCUAGUUCACAUCAAUGUCAAUAUAAGUUUGACAUUGACUCUAUGUUGAAAGAUCACCCUAACGGUGCAUCAAUCUUAUCCGAAUAUGAACGAACCGGGCAGUUAGUCUUGAUGAAAGAUCUUUUUGUGCGUAUUAUUGUUGGAAAUCUUGUAAAAGAUAGUAACUGCUAUCCCAAUACAGAGAAAAAAAAGGCUUUAGCACUAGAAGUGAUAAACCGCUUUCCAACCUUAAGAAGUGGUAAUGGUGAUGGUUAUGAUGCUUACUUCAGACAGUAUGUUGAAGUAUUACGAAACGGAAAAGUUAAAAAAUAUUCCCCAUCAGGCUAUAUUGAAGAGCGUUUGAAAACGCUGAGAAAACAACUGCCAAUUAUUGACAAGCCACACAAGCCGCAUCAGAAGCGCCUAAGAACAGAUGCAGUUAAUCUAGUCAAUGGACCCAUAACAGAGUAUUUUACAGAAGAUGAAAGGGUGCUCACCCAUGAACUUUUAAACGAGACACCUAACGAGAAUCGCAUAAAAAUUAUUAUGACAUCAACUUAUGAAAGUCGCAGUCUCUGGGUGAGGGAAGGAAGACCUCCAAUAAAAACAUUUUUUUCAUCAUUUCCCCCAUUUCCCCCAUUAAGAAAUAUUUACUCAUCUGCGUUUGAAGAGGAAUUCUGCAGAAGUGCACCCAACAGCAAACGGUUAGUGGAUGGGCUGGGAGACUUUUUUUGGGAGAGGUUUUUCACGGAUCCUUUUGUAUGCCAAAGGAAAACCCAAAGGGUUGUCAACCGAUCUUACAAUAUUACUUGACGAAAUAGCAGCUAACAACAACCUACUUGAAGAUACCAAAGAAGAAUACGCUCUAUUACUACUUCCACUUAUGUUAACGGUUCCUAUGCGAAAUCGGCAACGUGCCUCGGUUGCUGAAGUUUGCAAGCGAUUUAUCCAGCUUCAUCCUUAUGGAACUUCAAUGGACGAAAUUCUUUCUAAAAUCAAAAGUGACAGUAUUAAACAACCAAUAAUUAUUGCAUUGGGUGUAACUGGCAACAUUAGCCAAUCCUUUAUUGUUGUAGAAAACGAAGUUAUUGAAUCGCGUUGUAUGGUAUCUGCUGUUGAUAAGUGUUUCAAGCUACACUACAUCGGUCAAAUUGAGUACGACCAAAGUGUUAGCCAUGUUUGGCAGUUUUUGCAAGUGCAUUUUUAUGGGAUCUUAGAUAAUGUUCCUAUCUCAGAAUGUGUACGAGAUCUUGUUACUUUUUUAAAAGCACGUUAAAUAUGUUUGACACUCUUUUAAAUAAGCAAAAUCUGCACACAUUGUGAUAUAGAAAAUUUAUUAAUUGUUAUUCAAAUGCACGCAUCAACAAAAUCUUUUUUAUUUUAUUUGCAGUAUAUACUAAAAACUGUAAUGUUUGUAAUUAUGAUAAUAACUUUUUUUAACUUAA